UAUACUGUGAAAACAUGAUGUGCCCUCAGUAAAAAUGGCCGCCGGUGGUCUGCUCCGUACCAUGUGACCUGAGCUCGCUUUACGCCUGUGCUGCGUGUACGACGCUUUACGGCUGUGUGUAAGACUGCUCGCGGUGACAGACGGUUCAUUCCUGGCAGAAAGCACCGGAAGCAACCAGGAGAAGAUGCCUGUCUUUAAGUUGACGACACAAGCGUACUGCAAGAUGAUGCUGCAUGGCGCCAAGCACCCAGCCUGCUCCGUGAACGGCAUCCUGGUGGCCGAGAAGCAGAAGCGUAAAGAGGCUUCGCAGCAGCAGGUCCUAUUUGUGGACUGCAUCCCGCUGUUCCAUGGCACAAUUGCCCUGUCACCGGUGUUAGAGGUGGCGCUGACGCUGAUUGACACGUGGUGUAAAGAGAACGGUUACGUGAUCGCCGGCUACUACCAGGGGAACGAGCGGCUGAAAGACAACAGUCUUAACACGGUCGCUGAGAGAAUCGCCUCCCGGAUCGCAGAGGGCUACAGUGACGCAGCUUUAAUAAUGGUGGACAACUCCAAAUUCUCCAUGGACUGUAUAAUCCCUUCCAUCCACGUGUACGAGUCCCAUGAUAAUAGAUGGAAAGCCAAAGACCCUCACGAAGAUGUCUUUGAAGACUGGCCAGAGGCUCAGAGGAUCACGGCGUCUCUCAUGGAUGGCCGCUCGUACGAAACCCUCGUGGAUUUUGACAGCCACCUAGACGACUUACGCAACGACUGGGCCAAUCCUGAAAUCAACAAGUCCAUCAUUCAUCUAUGCUAAGGUCAGGGGGCCGCCGCCAGCCCGCACUAUGCAAGAUGACCGCCGAAUGUAGAAGGAGUCAAUGACAGCCAUUUCUACUGCCGGGCAGAUUUCGAUCUGUGAACAGACCACAUUUUUAUGGGGGCCCCUCGUACAUCCAGACGGGACCUGUGAGGGGGUGUCCACCCGGGUGAUGCCGUCCACGCCCCAGAACUGCCGCUCACCGGCUCUACAGAGCGCUCUGUGUUUUCUAGAACGGCGUGGAGAUGAUUUAUACGGAGAAUCUCCCGCUUUGUGUUGUUUUUCAGAUGAUUUUCAUAGAGAAUUAAUAAUGAGACAUUUUAUCAACCGAAAAUCUACAGAAAUGUACCCAAAAUUUAACCUGAGUCACAGACAAAUGCCGACCCCUGCCGUCUCAAACGCGGACGCACAAUUACUUACAGUCUUUUUAUUUUUGGUGCUGGGACAGAGACUAGAGAUACCCUUUUUAUAACGUGAUAACGGUUCCAUCCCUGCUGCCUGUCAGUGAAUAGAAGAGCAGUUCCCUCCUCUUCACCACUACUAUAUUUUUCGCUCGUCCUUUUAUAUCUUGUUCGCAGUCUGCCGGGUUCCCGCGUAGCAGUAGUGCACCAUCUGGCGAAACUUUGCACACGCCGCUGUGAAUCGCCGUGGUUUUUGGCCACGCAGUUUUCACACGCGACAAAUGCUCAUGUGCGUUUGACACGCUGCACUCUGUGUGAACCCGGCAUCGCCGCCCCCCCCCCCCCGCAACGUCUUAUGCUCACUCCCCCGUUUCUCGCCUUCUCCUCGCGGUCCAGGACUUUGCACGGUAUUUUGAAGAGACACAGAAUAUAUUUUAAUUUUUUUGUUCCGGUGUUUGUUUCAUGAAAAUAAUAAAAAAAUAGAAUUCUGA